CUGUGCAGCAAAAAGUGGCUCUCUCCGGCGAUCAGCCCUCGCUCUCCCUCCCGCUCCGUCUCCCUCCCUCCCUGCCAAGGCUCCGAGCCGCCUGGAUCCUGGAAAACUCCUUCUCUCAUCACUCACGGGGAAAAUGGAUCCCAGGGCACUGUCACAGAUGCAUUUCUGCAAAAAGUUCAUCGCUGCAGCCUUGUGCCUGUUAAUUUUGCUCCCAGACUUGGGCUGUGCAAGGACUCUCUGGAAACGUGCUCUCCAUCUGAAAAUGACGGAAAAAUAUGAUGAUUAUGAGUACCCUCUUCAUUCUCACAGUGCCCACUACCAGAAGAACGACCGCUGCCCGCCGCCACCCCAGACCUUGCCCGAGAGAGCCUGUGAGGUGCCCAGCUGCCGCUCGGACUCGGAGUGCGAGAGGCACAAGCGCUGCUGCUACAACGGCUGCAUCUACGCCUGCCUGGAGUCUGUGCAGCCACCGCCAGUUUUAGACUGGCUGGUUCAGCCCAAACCCCGCUGGCUGGGAGGAAAUGGGUGGCUUUUGGAUGGCCCUGAGGAGGUCUUACAAGCUGAGGCCUGCAGCACCACUGAGGAUGGCGACGAGCCUCUGCAUUGCCCCACGGGAUACGAGUGCCACAUCAUCAACCCUGGCAACACCGCCGAGGGAAUCCCUAACAGAGGCCAGUGUAUCAAGCUGCGUGGAAAUCCAGAUGGACGUAACCUGAGGCAUAAGUAUUACAAGGAGUAUUUUGGGGGCAGUUCCAACAACGUGGUCGGCUACAUGAAAAAUCAGCAGAAGCAUCUGGGCUAAUCCAAGGUGCUCCCAGCUGGACCACUCUGCUAAGCAGCUUUCAAGGAAUGAUUUACCCUCUAGUUGUCUGUUUUGGAAGGAUGCCAGUCCUGAGUCUCCAAGAGCACAUCUCCAGCAUUGCCCUGUCCCUGCCCACCGAUGCCAAAAGUACUUCACUGUGCAAGCAAAAACGUGAAUCUAGAUUUUAAGCCUAUUGAUGGAGGGAGAAAUGUGAUGCCCUGAAAAAAUCCUCCCCACUUAUUAGCUGCCCUUCUGCAGGUGAAGUGUGAGCAGUGUUGCGCUGCUCUUUGCAAGCCCUUGAUAUGGCUUGAGGGCCGGCAAAGAGGUGGCCAAUUUCCCUAUCCCAAAUGUUAUUUGGUAGUAUAAAAAGGGAUGAAGUGGUCUCAAAAACAGACCUAUUACAUUUAAGUUAUACUAAAUAAUUAAGAUUAUAGCAGUGAAAGGGCUCCCUGGGUCAAAUCCAGUCCCUGCCUUUCUCAAGCAACUGUUUCACCUAAUCCUGCAGGUUUCUUCUUAUUUUGGAGGUUUCUGUCUGAGAUUCAGCUGAUUCACACCCACAUGGCAAGUUUAAUAUAUAAAGAGUUGAGAAAGUCUGAGUUUGGAGCAAAACAAAUUCUAUCCUGGGUUUAUCGAGUUGCCUUACUUAAAUUCCCCUCUCUGGUGAGCUGUAGAUCAAAGCUAAUGAUGGAAUAGAUUUCUUCCUACAACAUCUAAUCAGUUUGAGGCACAGACAUGCCAGCCUUUUUAAGUUGCUAUUUUUAGCCAGUUCAGUUUGUACUCGCCAAGUAUACAUCUGUAUUUUUGUACCUGCAAAACCUCAACGGGAGGACUGAAGGCUGGGUAUGUAUUGUGAAUGUUAGGAGAGCCAAAGCAUGACAAAAAUGUGUGAUUAAAAAGAUUGUCGGGCAGAAGGGCAGCUGCUCUAUAGAAGAAUAUUAUGUUCACUUCUAUAAAUCUUUAAGGAUAAGUUAUUUGUAUUUGAACCUUGCAGCCUUUUUUAAAAAAUACUUAGCUUUAUAAAAUGGAAAACAUUAUUUCUGUGCAUGUUUUCCUUCCCUAUGGCAGCUCCCUAAAGGGACAGCAGCGGUUUGUUUGGAUGGAUCUGCCAGAAUCAGUAUGUAAAAGAAGUCAUUUUUGCUCCCUUGUUUAGCACAUGUCCCCAUUUGCAGUCAUAAAAUUAUCAUUUUUAUGUAGAGGGCAGCAGUGGCACACGUAUAUACCCAAUUCACACCUACAGGCACUUGCUUUCACCCACAAACUACAAGUUCUUUUCCAUUCACCAAGCAGUUUAAGUCCAAAGGUGCCUCUGAAAAACUCGAUCCGUUGCAUAUGGCAUUUGCAGCUGGCGAGAUAAAAGCUGCCAAACUGCUUUGGCUGUUGCCCUGCACACACAGACACAUUCCUCAGUGCUUUACAGUGCAAAGGAACAAGCCGAGGGCUCCACCUUCCCCUGAAUACCUCCAUCCAUUAAAUUCCCUGCAUUUCACUGUGCUUUCUUCCAAGUUCUAGCUAAGUGCAACGUCAUAUUUGCACAGGCCUCUUUCUAGAAUAUUAUCAUAUACAACUUAUCACAGUGAUUUCUUAAUUCCUGCUAAAAACGCAGGAGCCCAUAUUUCAUAGUCUCAGUCUUAGUUGAGACCAGGAAUUUGCCUUUUUCGGACUGACACUACUUGAUGUCUUAAAACACUUCAGCUUGUAGCCAAAAAUACAAGUCUUGCACCCAGAUGCUGCUCAGUGAAACAGCUUGGGGUUUUUUCAGCAUUUUUUUUUUCAGAAAAGUCAGAUUCUGAAUUUCUGUUUACUGGACAUCACCCUUCCCAGUGGUGCUAUAAUGUUUGUUUGUUUGUUUUUUUCUCUUCACAUUCCUGUUAAUAUCCAAACUGAGAAACAAAGCCUGCAGAAGAAAUACAUGUAAAUGAUGUGUUUUCAGCCUUGAAGUCUGC